UAUAAGACAAAUGGAUUAAAAUCAGCUUAAAUUAAAUUUUAGUUAAUUCAUUGUAGAGAAACAAAAUUCUUACACAGAUGACUAUAAAUUAGGAGUAAAUAUUAAAUUUUUAUUUAUUUAGGGAGUUUUAGGGGUUGGUGCAUUUUCAUAAGUUCGAAAAGUGACUCAUAGAAAAACUAGAGCAAUAAGAGCAAUGAAAGUUAUAAAAUAUUUUAUAUUAAAUGAUAGGUAAUUAGUAAAUCAAGACUUUCUACGACAGAAUUGCAAUAAAAGUUUAUAAAUGAAAUAAAUGUGUACAAAUAAUUAGAUCAUCCUCACAUACUUAAAUUAUAUGAGUUCUAUUAGGAUGAGAAAAAUUACUAUAUAAUUAUAGAAUUAUGCACAGGGUAUAUAUUGAAAUGGAAAGUAGAGGAGAAUUGUUUGAUAAGAUAAUAGAGAAAGGGAGUUUUUCGGAAAAAGAAGCAUCUUAUGUAAUGAAAUAGAUAAUGUCUGCAAUUUUAUAUGCUCACAAUUCUAGUAUUGUACAUAGAGAUUUAAAACCAGAAAAUGUGUUACUUGAUAUAACUAGUUAAGGGAAUUAUAAUGUGAAAGUUGUAGAUUGGGGGACAGCAAAAAUAUUUUCACCAAAUCAAUAAAUAAAUGAAAAAUUUGGAACUUUAUAUUACAUGGCACCAGAAGUAUUGAAACGUAAUUAUAAUGAAAAAUGUGAUAUAUGGUCUUGUGGUGUUAUUUUAUAUAUUUUAUUAUCUGGGAUGCCUCCAUUUAAUGGAAGAACAGAUGCUGAGAUUUAAAAGAGCAUAUUACAUGGUAAAUAUUAAUUAGAGGUAAAAGAAUUUGGUUAUAUUUAAAAGGGCGAAUUAUGGAAUUCUGUAAGUUGUAAUGCAAAAGAUCUAUUAACAAAAAUGUUAUAAUAUGAUGUAUAAAAGAGAUUGAGUGCUAAAUAAGUAUUAGAACAUGCAUGGUUUUUAUAAUAACAUUAAGAGAAAGUAGACAAAUAAGUAGUGUAAGGUAGAUUAAAGAAUCUAAUGAAUUUCAGAGCUGAAUAAAAGUUAUAAUAAGCAACAUUAAUGUUUAUUGGUACAACAAUGAUAUCAAAGGAAGAGAAGAAUUAGUUAGUAGUUAUUUAAUGAUCUAUAAGAUGUAAGCUUUUAAAGAGAUGGAUUCAAAUGGAGAUGGGAUCCUUACAAAAGAAGAGAUCCUUGAAACAUAUAAAAAGUAUAUGGAUGAUGAAACAGCAUUAUAAGAAGUUUAAAAGAUUAUGGAUUUAGUAGACAUGGAUGGUUCAGGUACAAUUGAUUAUACAGAAUUUAUUAUUGCAUCAAUGGAUAGAAAAAAAGCAGUUUAAAAAGAGAAAUUGAAAGAAGUAAAAAUUUAUAUAUAUAAAUUAUAAAGGCAUUUUAAAUAUUUGACAAAGAUGGUAAUGGAUAUAUUUCAGAAUAAGAAAUUAAAGAAGUUUUAGGACCAUCUUUAACAGGAAUUGAUGAGAAAUAUUGGUUAGAUAUGAUUAGAGAAAUUGAUAAAAAUGGUGAUGGAUAAAUCAGUUAUGAUGAAUUCUGUGAAAUGAUGAUGAAAAUCAUUUAAUGA